AUGGAGUUUCCACAGAUCAUUUCGGAGCCAUCUUCUCCAGCUGAUUUUCUUCAGAGUAUUGAGAGUCGCUCAACUUCGGAAGAGAGUUUCGCCGCAGACUACGUUGAAGAACAGCUUUCAGAGAACGAACGAGAUUUGGAUACAUCGAAGAGAUUGGUCAAGGGUGAAGAGUGGAAUUUCUAUGCGAAAGAUGUGAAAAUUCGGAAAGAAGACUUGAACAGGCUCGUGAUGGAUUUUCUUGUAGCUGAAGGAUAUCCAGUGGCUGUGGAGAAAUUCCAAGAGGAAACUGGAACUCAGCGUAUCCUCUUCCUGGUGGAUUUCUGUUAUUUCCUUAACAAGAAGACAGCAGAAAUAGAUCUUGCAAGCAUCGCUGACCGAUCGGCUGUUAUCAGAGCUAUCGAAUGCGGAAAUAUGGAUGUUGCUACUGAGAAACUGAGUGCCUUAAACCCUGAGAUACUGGAGACGAAUUUUUACUUCAAACAGCAAAAGACGAUAGAACUAAUCCGCGAGGGGAAAGGAGAAGAGGCCACCGCGUAUUGCAAGAAAGAGCUUACACCACUUGUACAAGGGAACAAGGCGCUUCUGGAAGAAUUGGAAAGAACUAUAACUCUACGCGUUUUUGAUGAUCCUUAUCCCUGCCAAUAUAAAGAGCUUAUUGACACCUCACGGCGGUUUAAGAGUGCCAGCGAAGUCAAUGCAGCAAUUCUUACUAACCAGACUGGUGAAAAAGGUUCCAAACUUGAACGCUUGUUGAAGAUGCUGUUUUGGACUCAGGAUCAAGCGGAUGAAAAAGCACUGUACCCACGCUUGAGUGAUUUGUCCACUUGCCAGAGCCUAUACCCAUGGGAGUGA